UUCCCUCCCUCUUCCUGCACAUCAUCAUCACACUCUCCCCCGGACCUGCCUGCUGCUGCCGUACACCCGUCUAACCAUCUCUAUCUCUCUCUCUCCCCGUGUCCUGUCUCCCCGCUCCCCCCGUGUCCCGGCUCCUCUUCCCCCGCUCCUGUCCUCUCUCCCCCCCGCUCCCAUUGUGAUCUGUGUCUCCUGGAAACUUUCCCGCGGCGGCCGCUCAGGAAGAGGAGAAAGCGAGCCGCCCGGUGCGCCCCCAGCCAGCGCUGCCAGCCUUGCCCUGUGCCCCGGAGCCCGGCACUGCGACCUGAAUGGAUGGGUAUGGGGAGAAGGGCCGCACUCUGCUACCCCGGGGCUGACCGCCGCGGCACGCUGGGCCCCCUGCACCUCCUCCUGCUGCUGGCCCUCUGGGGGGACACAGGGUACAGUCAGCAGCAAACACAGUGCCGCAUUCAGAAGUGCACAACAGACUUUGUCUCUCUGACUUCCCACCUGAAUUCGGGGAGCGAUGGCUUCGAUUCGGAGUUCUGUAAAGCCCUGCGGGCAUAUGCUGGUUGCACACAUAGGACUUCAAAGGCUUGCCGUGGAAAUCUAGUUUACCAUUCUGCUGUGCUGGGGAUCAGUGAUCUGAUGAGUCAGAGAAAUUGCUCAAAGGAUGGUCCCACAUCGUCUACAAAUCCAGAGUUUUCCAAUGACGUUUGUAACUUCCACAGUAGGGUGACAGCAAGAGAAUUACAUGCUGCGGAGCAUGCACAGCCCAAUUACCUCUUCUGCGGUUUGUUCGGGGACCCACACCUGAGAACUUUUAAAGACCAUUUUCAAACUUGUAAGGUUGAAGGAGCCUGGCCACUAAUAGACAACAAUUAUGUGUCAGUUCAAGUGACAAAUGUGCCCGUGGUCCCUGGAUCCAGUGCUACUGCUACAAACAAGAUAACUAUAAUAUUUAAAUCAUACCAAGAUUGCACAGACCAGAAGGUGUACCAAGCCGUGACUGAUGAUUUGCCUGCGGCAUUUGUGGAUGGCACAACAAGUGGUGGGGAUGGUGACUCUAAGACCUUGCGGAUUAUAGAAAAAGUCAGUGGAAAGCAUGUUGAAAUGCAUGCCAGGUACAUUGGGACAACGGUCAUUGUACGGCAGCUUGGAAACUACCUAACAUUAGCAAUUCGAAUGCCGGAGGAAUUAGCAAUGGCUUACGAGGAAAGCCAAGACUUGCAGUUGUGUAUGAAUGGCUGCCCAUCUAGUGAACGCAUUGACGAGGGUGGACAUCUCAGCUUCCCUGUGUCCGGAAAAGAUUCACCAAAUUCAUCUGGGCAAGCUCGUUCAGUGUACACUCUGGAAAGUGCCAUUGCUACAUGUCUUGAAAAGAUUCAAGUCAGGGACAUCUACUUUCACUCGUGUGUAUUUGAUCUCCUGACAACUGGGGAUGCGAACUUCACUGCCGCCGCUCACAGUGCUUGGGAGGAUGUGGAGGCCCUGCACCCCAAAAAAGAGCGCUGGCAAAUCUUCCCAAACAAUAGAAACGGGGGAAAGACACAUGCUUUGCCUGCUGUUGUUCUUGGGCUUGUGUGCUUGAUCUUCGUUGCUUUUUUGUAGGCGUUUUCUUGUGUAUAAACAAAAAAAAUGUAAAAUAUAUAUUGUUAUAAUAUAUUGAGCAAGAAUAACCGCAUAUAUGUAUAUACCGUGUAUAUGAAGGGAUGUUUGUCUUAGGAUGCCCAUGAGAUUGUACAUAUUGUGUCAUUGGUUUUACUUAAGCUGGAUGUAGUAUUAUUUGUUUGUUUUUUUGUUUUUUUUAUCAGUUGUAAAAUGUUUUAUAUGUUCCAUCACUGGAACCUUUUAGAAAGCACUUUAUUUUUUAUAUGAUAUUUAUGUCCAGUGAGAAAAUGUGUGAACACACACAUACCAAGCUCUGUUUAUGUAUUGUGGUGAAACCUAAGAACGUUUUGUAUUGUGUGACUCGCCAGGUUAGAUGUAGUUUCCAUGUUAUGGUGGAAGAGUUGCCAUCAUGGAUUUUUUUUUUCUCUUUAUAGCUGGUUCUUAGAAAACCAUGUGAGCAGCUUUCUGUUCUGAAAAGACCAUCUGUAUGGUCAAUAUUAGAUGAUUAAAUCCUGAUGCUGUCACAGUCAUACUAUAUGUGCUCUAGAGCAAUAAAGUACAGAACCUUACCAGGUGACUCAUUUAGUCUGAUCUCAACUGCUUGUUAGGCCGUGUUCUCCAAAGUGGAGUAAUUUUAAAUAGUGACAGUUACUGUCAUUUCACCUUUAUAAAUUGGUGUCAACGUAAUGAUUCUAAGGCAUCAACUGAGAUGGCAUCCUUCCCAACUCUUACGUGAAAUCAUAAACCUUGGUAUUGCGUACUCUAAAAGAGUGUUUAAUCAUUACUCUAAACCACUCGUUUCUUCUAAGGCAGGAAGAACAUAUUAUAUAUUGAUUCCCUAAUUUGGCUGCCCCCCAGAUCCUGCUGCUGGAUACAGCUGCCUCAGAUUCCCUCAUUAGUCCCACCCCUACACAGAAAUUAUUACUUUUUAAUAUAUGUCUACAAAACUUAAUUGUGUAUUGGUGAAUUUGGCAAUUUUAUAAACUUUUAUCUUGAAUUUAGUUUAUAUAUUUAAGAAACAAAACUUUAUUCCAUUUUCGAGAGCAUGGUCUAUACAAAAAAAAGUUUCCCUAUUGUGACUGGGUGUGUAUUCUUAAAUAAGUUCUUAACCUUCCUGCCUUUGCAUCUCAGAACUGUGAAUUACAACACAACCCUCUUUUUUUCACCUAUACUAAUGAUGGCUUUUACUAGUACUAAAUACACAUUUACAUUUGUUUAGUUUUGUUUUCAUAUCCUGUUAAUGGGAACAGUUUUACUUUUACAACUGUCUGUUUCAUAAACAUGAAAAUCAAUACAUGUGCAAAAGUUGCCUCCUUCCAGUUGUCACCAUAAUGUGUGAUUAUAGUAAACCCACUUCUUAGGUUUAUGGUCUGGUGCAAUCAAAUUUACAUGUGAAUUUGCCUAAAAAAAACAAAACACAGAAAAACUAGUAGAACUUGAUCUAUUAGGACCUCACAGGUGAACAAAAAACCCAUUAAUUGAAUUCCAACAACCCACAAUUGUAUUUUUGCCUUGAAAUAUCACUCUCUCUCUUUCUCUUAAUUUUUUUAUUUUUUUUUUCCCAAAGGAAAAUGUUUUGAUUGCAAUGUUUUGGAAUAUGACAUUCUCAAAAAUAGCAGUACUUUUUGGUUUCAUGCAGAUGCUACAUAACUUAUAUAUGUAAAACUGGUGCCUACACUGUCAUUGCCACAACAGCCCUAAAAACUGUUGCUGGAGGAUUGUGGCUAAAUUUCAUUUUGUAAUCUUAGUAUGGAAAAAAACAAGCAGUGACUGAAUACACAAGUGUGCCCAGAAAACUCUAAGUGAGUUAUGCCUCCUCUUUCUUAGCUUAGCACUUCUUAGUUUCUUCACUCUUGGCCCAGCUCUGGGAAUUAAGAAAAUUUAAUUUGCACAUGUUCUUGAAGGCUGUUGUGGCGAAGGGGAGAUUUAGAUAAUGCCAAACAUAUGGAUCUGUAGAACUUAGUAAAUGGUCUCUGGUGAGAGCUUAAAAACUUUGAGAGGAUGUGCCGAAAAUGGCCGCCUCUUCUCAUGCUUGGAGAAACCCACAAUGUGUUUUUUGCAGAAACUUUUAGAUGUGGUUCAUAGUUAUGCCAAUAAGUAUCUGUCUGUGUAAGAGUGAAUGUGCAUUGUGUAAAUAGUUUAACUUAUUAUGCUACAAGAAUAAAGUUGAUUACCCUAAAGUAA